AUUUUUAAAUGUCUAAGCAGCAGAGGAGACGCGCGAGAAACACAAAGGAGAGAAUGAUCGGCAGCCACAGUACUCGCGAAAUUACUGCUCCUCUCAUUAACAAGGAUAAACGAACCUCCAAAUCAGAUUCUCCCUCUGUAUCCGCUACUUCAGCCCUCGAUGACGUUAACAGCGAAGAGAACUCUCCGAUCGAGCAAGUGGCCCUCACCGUCCCAAUCACCGACGAUCCUAUGCUACCGGCCGUCACGUUUCGCACGUGGACUUUGGGGACUCUUGCUUGCAUACUCCUCUCUUUCCUCAACCAGUUUUUUUGGUACCGUAGAGAACCUCUCGCUAUCACCUCCAUCUUCGCGCAAAUCGCGGUGCUUCCGCUCGGUCAUCUCAUGGCUUCUGCAAUCACUGACAAGGUCUUCUUCAGAGGGACAAAGUUGGAAUUUACACUUAAUCCAGGACCGUUCAACGUGAAAGAGCAUGUAUUAAUAACGAUAUUUGCCAAUUCUGGAGCUGGAAACGUUUACGCUAUUCACAUCGUUAGUGCCGUUAAGAUCUUCUACAAAAAGGAGUUGAGUUUUCUGGUGGCGUUACUCGUCGUUAUAACGACGCAGGUGUUAGGAUUCGGGUGGGCCGGUGUUUUCCGUCGCUAUUUGGUGGAACCGGCUGCUAUGUGGUGGCCCCAAAAUCUGGUUCAGGUUUCACUUUUCAGGGCUUUACAUGAGAAAGAGGAGAGGCAUAAGGGAAGAUUAACAAGGAAUCAGUUCUUCAUUGCUGCCUUCAUUUGCAGCUUUGCUUAUUAUGUAUUUCCAGGAUACAUCAUUCCGAAGUUGACUUCUGUAUCUUGGAUUUGUUUGAUAUUUCCUGCUUCCAUCCUUGCACAUCAGCUUGGUUCAGGUCUCCAUGGUCUUGGAAUUGGCGCUAUUGGAUUUGAUUGGGCGACUACGUCCUCUUACCUUGGCAGUCCACUGGCUAGUCCGUGGUUUGCAACCGCAAAUGUAGCUGCUGGUUUUGCCCUUAUUAUGUAUGUUAUAACCCCUAUUGCGUAUUGGCUUAACAUUUACAAGGCCAACACCUUUCCCAUUUUCUCUGAUGGCCUUUUCACAUCUUCUGGCCGAAGAUACAACGUCUCAGCUAUCAUAGACCCAAAAUUUCAUAUUGACAUGGAUGCAUAUAAUCGCCAGGGCCCUCUGUACCUCAGCACCAACUUUGCAAUGAUAUAUGGCCUAAAUUUUGCCUGCAUGACUGCCACUAUUGUUCAUGUUUUCCUAUUUCAUGGAAGAGAUAUAUGGCAGCUCAGCAAGUCUGCCUUUCAAGAGAAAAAAAUGGAUGUGCACACAAAACUCAUGAGAAAAUAUAAGCCAGUCCCUGAAUGGUGGUUCUUAUGCAUUCUACUCUUGAACAUAUCAGCAACUAUAUUUACAUGCCAGUACUACAAUGCUCAACUCCAAUUACCAUGGUGGGGUGUACUGCUAGCUUGCAGUCUUGCCCUUCUUUUCACCCUUCCCGUUGGAGUCAUCACUGCCACGACAAAUCAGACACCAGGCUUAAAUGUGAUAACGGAGUAUAUCAUUGGAUAUCUGUACCCUGGAUUCCCUGUUGCUAACAUAUGUUUUAAAGUAUACGGAUACAUCAGCAUGAAACAAGGGAUCACCUUCCUACAUGAUUUCAAGCUCGGUCAUUACAUGAAGAUUCCUCCUAGAGCCAUGUUCAUGGCGCAGGUGGUUGGCACUGUAAUAGCAGCAUUAGUGCAUUUAGCAACAGCAUGGUGGCUCAUGGAGACUGUCCCCAAUAUAUGUGAACGUGAAUUGCUUCCAAAAGGAAGCCCUUGGACAUGCCCGGGUGACCAUGUUUUCUAUGAUGCAUCUGUCAUCUGGGGUCUUAUUGGCCCUCGUAGAAUUUUUGGAGAUCGUGGCCAUUACUCCGCCAUCAAUUGGUUUUUCUUAGCUGGUGCUAUUGCUCCUGUUCUAGUUUGGCUUGCACACAAGACAUUCCCCGACAAACAUUGGAUUAGAUUAAUUUCCAUGCCAGUACUAUUAGGUGCUACACUCAAUAUGCUUCCAGCUACUGCUGUCAACUACACUACUUGGGUUCUUGUUGGAUUUGCUUCUGGAUUUAUUGCUUACAGAUAUUACCGUGACUGGUGGAGCCGCCACAACUAUGUGCUCUCUGGGGCACUCGAUGGUGGACUGGCCUUCAUGGCAGUAUUAUUAUACUUGAGCUUGGGAAUGCAGCAUGUUAGCUUAGAUUGGUGGGGAAAUGAUUCAGAUGGAUGUCCAUUAGCUUCUUGCCCAACCGCCCCGGGGGUUGUAGUAAAUGGUUGCCCGCCGGUCAUCUGAGUUAAAGUAAGUGGUUGUACUAGCUGUUGUGUGUUUUCAAAUGUAUUAUUCUGUAUGUUUCAUUCUAUUGAAUUUGUAAUUAAGGACCACAAAAAAGUUUCAUUGUACAUACGUAUUCUUUGAUUCUCAAAUUGAACAAUGUAUGUCUUAUUGUAAUUGCUUAUUAACUGUCUUUACACUUUAA